UUCGGACUCGUCACGUGAUCAACAUUGAUUGUACACAAGAGAAGAUUGUCUAAAAUAUUCAACAAUAAUAAAUAAAUAUAAAUUUUUAAAAGAGUAGCGUCAGAAUUGAUAACUGGCCAACAUGUUUAAGUUAGUUGGAAUUCUGCUUGCAUGUUUAACGUCUGCGCACGCAGUAAUAAGAUUAAGGCCGCUAAGUGGAGAUGUCGAACACGUGCAAAUUGAACAUUUACAUUCUGCACAUGCACGAGUUGAGAGGUCGGCUGAAGGUGUCUGCAUUUUCCCCUACCAUCUUCCUUUUCGGUUUGAAGUGGAUGCGAAAGAAAUCAUUUUGAACUUACAAAAUAACGACUUUCUUAUGGCGCACGUUCCACUCUACAGUUCGAAGAACGGAAAACUCGUAAAGGAAGAAAUUCCUGAGCAGAAUGAUUAUGCAUUUUAUCACGACAUUAACAGGGGUAGUUCAAUGUUGGUCUCGUGCGAGGACGAUGGAAUGUUCAAGCUGCAUGGCUCUUUCUAUUUCAACGAUAAAUUGUACCACAUGAGCCCAGCAAAUGUACCUGAGCUUACCCAACAUCAUUUUAUACAAAGAAAUGGACCAAACGAGAAAAGAUAUCUACAUGACGCCAAAAUUCCGUCGUCUGCUGCAGCAGAAGGUAAACCAAAUUCUACAGAAUCUGGUCGCAAAAAGAGAGACGUCACAGCAGCAGACAAUAUCGUAGAACUGUUGUUUGCUACAGACGAUAGCAUGUUCAAUUAUUUUCUAGCAGAACAAGGAUCAGACAAGGAUGCAGCGAAAGUGGCUCUUGAACAGUACGUGAAACUUCUUGUUAACGAGAUGGACUUACACUAUUUGAGCGUUGCCAUGACGGAUUCUUCAUUCAAUAUUAGGAUGUAUCUGUCAGGUGUAAUUAUUGCAGAGACUCCAGAAGAAGCAACGUGGUCCACAUCAAGUCGAUCAGUGACAAGUGGUAAUAUAAACGAUGAAGUUGUAAGAAAAUCAUAUAUAGACGUGGACGUGAUUCUCGACAACAUUGAAGCUUGGAGAAAAACUCAAGAUUCGUUCCCGCAGCAUGAUCAUAUGAUGGCAUUGUCAAUGAUUGAUUUAGCUGAUUUUGGUAGUUUCCCCGUGACAACAGGUGUUGAAGGAGUCGCUUAUGUUGGAACAGUUUGUAAUACAGACGACCAAAAGAUUUCUUUUACGGAAGUAGACGGCUCAAGAGUUUCUGGAGUUGCCGCCCAUGAAUUAGGCCAUGGUUUAAAUUCGCGCCAUGACGGCACACUUACAUCCAGUUCGUGCUCGGCUUUUGCCAAAAACAUAAUGUCUUCAGUAGGAUCAGCAACAACAACUAGGACAUUUGCCGAAGCACAGUGGACAUUUUCUUCGUGCAGUGUCUCAGUUUUCAAGUCAUUUAUUAACGGAUUAUCCUUUAAUUGUCUGCAAGACACCAAUAUUGUUAUAACGCCAACUGCGCAACUGCAAGAAAUACAGCAACUUCAACUUCCGGGUACUGUCUACUCUUUGGACGAACAGUGUAAAAUGUACGAUUCGACAUCGUCGUGUGACUCUAGAAUAUCAGAAAGUUCAUGUUAUGCUGGGUUCCACUGUGCCACUGACAACGGAUGUACUGGUGAUUAUUUCCCACUCUACCCUCUUGCUGGAACUCCAUGCGGAUCAGCAUCAGAUAACAAGUGGUGUUAUCGCGGUCUUUGUGUUGAACGUACGGUUAUAGUAACAACAUCGACAGAUUCAACAACAUCUACGUCAUCCACUACAUCAUCUACAACGUCAUCCACUACGUCAUCUACAACGUCAUCAACGACGACAUCCACAACUCCAUCGACAACAUCAACGACACAGUCAACAACAACAACUUCCGGAACUACAUCCACAACUCCAUCUACAACAUCAACCACUUCCCAGACUACCUCCACUACUUCGCCCACUACAUCCACAACUACCACGGAAACACCUUCAACAUCGACAACCGGAUGUACUCAAGGAAAAUGUUGUAAAAGAAUCUGGGCCGGUUGGCGAUGGAAGUUAUAUUGCUGUAUUGGUGAAAAUUGUUGUGGCAAAUCUUGGGCCAGAGAUACCACGUGCUUCCAAAACUGUUGCCCAGUUACAACUCCUGCUCCAACCGAAUCCCCAUACUGCAAAGCUCGGUGCUGUGUGAGAAUCGGAAGUGGAAGAAGAAGCAGACGCGCAUGCUGCAUUGGAAAUGACUGUUGCCAAAAUACUUGGGGAAUAAACACUGCUUGCUGUCGAUACUGUCACGAUGAUGGUGGAAACGAAAGCACAUCAACAACAACUACUUCUGCUACAACAACAACUACAGCAAUUGAAACUACAACUGAAGCCUGUUACAGGGGAAAAUGUUGCGGAACAAUCAGAAGAGGGAGAAGGACAAGACGCGUCUGUUGUAAAGGCGCCAAAUGUUGUCGAUUCUCGUGGGCGUCUGAAUCGGUCUGCUGCAGAACUUGCAGGAAACCAACCAGUGCUAAUAAUAGCUCGGCAUCUAAAUAAAUACAGAGCAUUAGAACUUCAGACAUUGGGGACACAUGUUUUAUCCCCCAGUCUUGACUAAUACAGUUUGAACAAAGCUAUAUUAUUCUAAACUGUUUUGAUAUUUCUAGAAUAUUUAGAAAAUCUAAACGAUUAUCUGGGACGAAAACAUUUUGAAAUUUUUGAGUUUAAAAUCAGAAAUAGAGCGAUGUUUUUAUUUCUUUUAUUUAAUAAAUUAGUAAGAAUUUUGGAAAAAUAUAUUGCCAAAAGAUUGUAUGAAGUAGUAACAUGUACCGGCAAAAAACACAUAUUUUUUUUUUUACUUUGUGAUCAUGAUUUCUGCAAGUGUCUAUAGAACUAGUCCAACUCUACUGAGUUAAAUCCGUUUUGAUUAUGUAACUAAUAUCUCAGAUGUUCAAAUAAGCAAGUACGCAUUAUAACAUUUUUGGACAUUACCUGUUACUAUUUUUAGACCUUUCAGCUGACAUUUUAUUCUAAAAGGCUAUGCAAAGGUUUUCAAUGAUUAUAUUAAAUGAGGUAAAAACCGCCAGUUAUUAAAUAUAUGCAGUACUAUGUAGAUACAUUUAUAUUAAAUGUGGCUAACUUAUAUUGGCAAUACUAUGUAUUGUUUUGUAAAUAGCUAAUGUUGGCAAUAUCACGUGUCUUUUAUGUUGGUAAGAGUACAUGUAUUUUUGAAACCAAAUUUUAUCCAAAGCUGGCUUUGUUUUUAUUUCUGUUUUACAAUGUAUCUGUUAUAUUUUUAUCUUUAUUGUUGUUUUACAUUAAAUGGUAAAAGGUAAUAAAUAUCAU